AUGUCGAUUUUGCCUAAUGAUGUUCGAUACGAGAUUCUUCUACGAUUGCCUGUCAAAUCUCUGCUCCGUUUAAGAGCCACCUGUCGAUUCUGGCUUAACAUAAUCAGUAGCCCCUAUUUCAUCAAAUCGCAUUUGAAACAAUCAGUUAAAACCAAGAACAACCUUAAUCUCAUCCUGAGUUACGUCAAUCCCGAUCGCUUUGAUUUUUCCUUUCUCUGUCGCUUGGAUUUAGAUUCGGUCGAGGGUGGUGGCAUUCUUCAACCGGUAGAGAUCAAUGACAAUCCCUUUAGGUAUCAUCGUUAUAAGAACCUUAUUUGGGGAACCUGCGAUGGAUUGCUCUGUAUAUCAAAUACCAAGCAAGCUAUCCUUUUAUGGAACCCAUCAACGAUGAUAGCUGUAGGACCCGUAGAUCAUUCUAACGUUCAUGAAAUUGAUAAAACGAUCCGCUCUCUCUAUAUAAAUUAUAUAGACAUUGUAGUUUUAUGGAAUCCUUCAACGAAAAAGUUUAAAGAACUGCCUUUCGCAUCGAUAGAGAUAGAAAACGAGCUACGCUUUCACCAAAAUAUAACUUAUGGAUUCGGUUACGAUAACACCAACGACGACUACAAAGUGGUGAGAGUUGUGGUUGUUCUGGAUGUUGUCAUAAACUACGAGGUUAAGGUUUAUAGUUUAAGAUCAAAUUCGUGGCAUAGGGCAGAUAAAUUUCCUAACCAACAUCCGAAAUUGAGUGGAAUUGGAAAUCCCGUAGCUGGUGGAGCGAUGCACUGGAUCUCGGUAGACGCGGAUUUGAAACCUUCCAUUCUUGCAUUUGAUCUCGGGUUGGAGACAUAUAGAGUAAUUCAAGAUCCUGUGUUCCGUGACCUUGACUUCUAUGUGUACUUGGAUAGUAUCGGAGGAUGUUUGUAUUUAACUUGUCACCAUUAUUCAGGGCAUGUGGAUAUAUGGUUGCUGAAACAAUAUGGUGAGGCAAAUGAAUCGUGGUCUAGAUUGAUUACAUUGGCGGGAGAAGAUAUUUCUGAUAUGUCUGACUAUUUUGUGAGAUGUAUUGCUUAUUCCAAAAAUGGUAAGAAAGUACUUUUGGAGAUGGGUUUUAAUCUUUUUUGGUAUAAUUUAGAAAUGGGGUCACUUGAAGAUUUGAUGAUAACUCAUUCUGUGGAAGAUUCACUUGAAGAUAUAGUGUGUUGUUUGGAAAGUCUAGUAUCUGUUGAUGUUGCAGAAGCUGGUUAA